UAUCGUCAGUAAGUCAGUACCUCUACCUACAUACCUAUAAUACUAAAACCUUGCAAUAUUGAUCCAUCAAUUACUUUUUGAGAAAUAUGCGUACAUUUUUUUUCUGUUUAAAAGAAAAUUUCCAUUCAUGGAAAUCGUGUUUAAAAUGCAAUAUACAAACAAACAAUACCGUUAAGAAAACAUCACCCAUUCAUUCCAAAUGGAAUUACACCAAACUUCUCGUCAAAGAAGGUACAGAUUUGAACGAUCACACGAAAGGAUUUAUAUCAACAUCGCCAAAUUUCCAACACUUGAUACGCAACUCUGUACUUUGGAUCGACAAAUCCAAACUCAUCGAAGAAAUUCUAGAAGAUGAUGAAUGGAUGGUUUACCUCAUUACGGCACCGCCACAAAUGGGCAAGACGAUUAAUUUGCAAAUGUUUGCAUUCUACUGUCAGUUGACUUUCCACGAAAAUGGCAAAAUAAUGAACCGAAUCAAUUCGCCCAACUACAGGUAUUUCACCAAAGGUGAAAUUGUCCACGAGAAUGGAACUGUUCAACGUACUUUCGAGCCACCAUUGAUAUCAAAUUACAAAAAUAAUCACUUACAUUUGGCACGCUACCCUGUAAUUCAUAUACCGGGAGAGAUGCUGAACUCCAGGUGUAAAAACUUAUCUUGUUUUUCAAUCAUGAUUUCGAGAAUUUAUCAAGAAUACGCUAGUCUAAAGAUUCAUCUAAGUGAAUUAUCAAAAACCGGCUCAUUUGUGGAAAGAAUUAAAGCUGCGGGAAAUUUGAACAUUAUAAACAUGUAUAGUGAUCAAGAAACAUCGAGUAAGCUUUCCGAAGGCUACUUGCAGAUAUCCAUCGAGAUAUUGAGUAAAAUAUUGAAUGAAACUUACGGCUCGCCUGUGAUAAUUAUUUACGACAAGUACGACUAUUUCAUACAAGAUACUUUUUUCGGUGACGCGAACUUCGAUAAAAAUGCUACCGAGAAGUUUAAACUCUUUUUACUCGACUUUAUAAUGACAACUUUCGAAACUAAUAAAUACCUGAAGAAAGCAAUCUUCACCGGUGUUUUACCAAUAGAGGAAGUCACGACUUACUUCGAGAUUAAUAAUACGGCUAAUAAUGCGGCAUCGGUGUUUAUUUUUGGCGAAAGAGAUUUAUUUCCGUACUAUGGAAUUUUUAGACAAGAAUUUGACUACGUGACAGCUGUAUUGAAAAUUGACGAGACUUUAAAGUCUGAAGCCAUAUCUUACUACGGUGGUUAUAGAGCUUUGCACCAUCUAGAUGUAGAAAUGUUCUCAAUGUAUUCUGUCAAAGAAUUCCUCAACAAUUUCAGAGUGGAUGAUUACUUACAUCCUACUUCUUUGAUGAAUACCAUAACAGAUUUCUUCAAACAAACUCGAUUUAAAUCGGACAUGGUAAAUUUGAUGGGUCAGUGGCAGAAUGAAUCUCAGGUUGUAACCAUCAGCGAUUGCUACCUCAAUACACUGAAUUUCAACAUCUACGAAAAACUGCGUAAUAUUUCACAUAGUGGUCGUAAAGAAGCUUACUCGGAGGAUCACCAACCCAUGGUAUUUUCUUUUCUACUGCACUUGGGAUUGAUGAGCUUGCAUCCUGUACAAACAGAAUACAGUCCCCUAUUCAAGGCUUCGUGCGUUAAGUUGAAAAUCCCAAAUCGGGAAAUUCAAAAUAUUCUUCAAAAUAUAAGCUCGAGGGCAAUAGAUAAUUUGAUUCAGAAGACAUGAAAAAGCCGUUUCGUGAUUCAAGUGGACGAAUUAUGGAACGUUGCUUUAGUGUUUUAAAUCCAAAUGAAGUGUACAAUCAGAUCAUGAAAAGUGAUAUACAUUUUUUGAAAAUUUACAAAACCAGUCUUUCUUUGAGUUCAAUUUACUUGCUUUCCUAUUGAAUGUAUUUUGUUAAGACUUGAAUAAUUUUCAAAUAUGUACUUCAUUUUUUUUGGAAUGAUUGAAAAAAAUUUGCAUUUUUUUUGGGAUAAUAGAAACAAAUUUGGUCUUUUGUCAUUUUUUUGAAAUAAUGCAAAUAUUCAAAAUUAAUCAAAUUAUUUAUGGGAUGUUUUUUUUUAAAUUACUGGAAUAGCAUUUUUAAAAUUUUUCUCAAUGUAUAAAACUUUGAAAUUGAUACAAAUUUUUGAAAAAUUUACAGAACCAGUUUUUCUUUCAAUUCAAAUAAUUUUUUUGGAAGGGAGCAGGAAGAGAGGGGAUUAUUUUCAAAUCAUUUUUUUGUUUGAAAUGACUGAACAUUUUUUUUUUGGAUAAUUUAAAUAGUGAUAUGGUGCAAUAUGCCUUCACGGCAUAGGUGGUUAUUCUACUAUUUAUAUCCCAUAACGUAAAGACUAAAGAUGUAUGGUAAUGUGGGAAAUUAAAUAGGGUGUGUUAGAGGAUGUGCUUGAAGGUUACCGCGCUACGCACCAAAGACCAGAAGCAUGUAUGAUCACUUGAUUCCAACUAUUCGCGGUGGCAGGACUCUCAUGAAUGAUGGAAGUUAGGUGGUAACCCUAUUUAUUGAUAAGCAAUAGGGAUUUAUCUUAUCUCAAGUCACAUUGUUUUUUGUAGCGGCCCCAUACUUACUUGGUGCUGAUGAGUUUUAUUUUACUAAUUAAGUUGGAAUCAUCAAAAGAUGAUCCAACAUUUGGUAAUAUUACGAGGGACGGUCAAAAAGUAAGGUUCCAUCCACUGGCAUUUGUGUAAAAAUGAACAAAAACAAAAAGUUGAAAAGUGGUUUGAUUCUCUGAAAUUUCUAGAUCAUUUCGAUACAAUCAUCUUUAAGAUUUGAGCCCUUGUCACUUUGAAAAUCAGCUUCGCAAUGAUAGUCUUCGAUAAAAUGUUCGUCCAACUUCUUAACUGUUGAUUGAACUUGUUUUUUCAGCAUCAUUCUUGUCACCUUGCCAAUUUUUUGCAGGAAAAUUCGUUUUUCAGAUGAGAAAUAAAGUGUACUGACCACCUGGUGCAAGAUCGGAGCGGUAAGGGGUUGAUGGAGUAUGACUGACAAUUCAAAUUUGUCGAUUAAAGCGUUGGUGUUGUCAUUAGAGGUUUAAUCGAGAAAUUCAAAGUUGCCAGAGCUCUGAUUGACAAAUUCGAAUUGUCAGUCAUACUCCAUCACCCCGCACCGCUCCGAUCUUGCAACAGGUGUUCAGUACACUUUAUUUCUCCUCUGAAAAACGAAUUUUCCUGCGAAAAAUGGCAAGGUGAUGAGAAUGAUGCUGAAAAAACGAGUUCAAUCAACAUUUAAGUAAGAAGUUGGACGGACAUUUUAUCGAGGACUAUCAUUGCGAAGCUGAUUUUCAAAGUGACAAGGGCUCAAAUCUUAAAGAUGAUUGUAUCAAAAUGAUCUAGAAAGUUCAGAGAAUCAAACCAUUAUUCAACUUUUCAUUUUCGUUCAUUUUUACACAAAUGCCAGGGGAGGGAACCUUAUUUUUUGACGGUCCCUCGUAUGUUAUAUUUUGCAGCCAAUAUGGGACAAUCCAUGGUAUCCACUAAUUGGUGCACGUGUUUAAUUAAUUAUAGCCUAAUCAUAGUUAAUUGAUGAUGUCAUUUUAUCAUGAUUAUUGGACAAUGAUCCUGUAUGAUCGAAUGUAAUUUACCUAUUUCAUGUAUCAGAAAUAUAACAAAUAUAUUUUAAUAAGAUUUCAAUGUCA